AUGAUCGAACGUUGGCACAGGUCGCUAAAGGCGGCGCUUAUGUGUCAUGCUUCAGCGAGUUGGGUGGAUUCGCUACCUGUUGUGAUGCUGGGACUUCGCACAAGUUACAAGGCUGACAUCCACGCCAGUGCGGCAGAGAUGCUGUAUGGAACAACGCUGCAUCUGCCAGGCGAUUAUUUUUUGGAUCAAGGUAAAACAGUAGAACCACUCCAGUUCAUAAAUGAUUUUCGGGAUUUUAUGCGCAAAAUACGAUCAGAACCGGCAGCUCACCAUAAUAAAACCAGGGCUUUCCAUCAUCAGUCAUUGCGCACUUGCACACACGUUUUCGUUCGGGUAGACGAAGUGAAACAACCAUUGCAGCAGCCGUAUCGAGGACCUUUUGAGAUUUUGAAACGAAUUUCAGACACUGUUUUUGUGGUGAAAGUCGAAGGUCGCUCGACAACGCUAUCAACUGAACGUCUUAAGCCGCCAUUUGUCGAAACCUUACCGGAUUUGGUUCAUCCAGUAGCAACGCAUAGAUCAUCCAGUUCAGGGAUUUACGAAACACUACAACGUAGCAAUAUCAUGACUUCUCAUACAAGUUCGAGUCACUCCGGGGGGACUACUAUGGCUACUGUGCACAAGUACACGAGUGAGACAUAG